AUGAUGCGCAUCCCGACUCGCGACUUGGCCCGCUACCUGCUCAAUGGCCAGCUCCCCCACCAGGGCUGCUUGGUCGCGGCGCGGCGCCCCUACACCCGUCUGUCGGCCCGUUCCGUACCAGUAUGGUCGCGUGCCUCGCGUUUCGAAGACACAAGGGCGACAUACGCGACCGCAACGCCGGACGCACCGCCAGUUCCCCUUAGGAAGAAGCUCAAGGAGGAGAAGAAGCAGCUGAAAAAGGAGGCGAGGUCCCAGAAGCCCAAGGGGAGCAAUCAGACGGUCGAGGGGUGGGAGUUGACCGUUGGAAUCGAAAUCCACGCCCAGCUCAACACGGCGCGGAAGCUCUUCUCCCCGGCGGCCACCUCGUUCAACGACGAUCCCAACUCCCACGUGGCCCUUUUCGACGUCGCCAUGCCUGGCAGCCAACCCAAGUUCCAAAAGGAGACGCUCAUCCCGGCCCUGCGCGCCGCCUGCGCCCUGAACUGCGACAUUCAACCCGUCAGUCGGUUCGACAGGAAACACUACUUUUGGUGGGACCAGCCCGCUGGUUACCAGAUCACACAGUACUAUGAGCCAUUCGCCCGCAACGGCCGGAUCGAGCUUACGGCCCGGGACGGCAUCGCCGCUGAGGACGGCGAGAGCGUGACCAUUGGCAUUCAGCAGAUCCAGCUGGAGCAGGACACCGCCAAGACCCUGGCCCAACCGAACGACGUCUCCUGGCUCGACUUCAACCGGGUCGGCACGCCACUCAUCGAGAUCAUCACCAAGCCAGAACUGCACCAUCCGCGUACCGCCGCCGCCUUCGUCCGCAAGGUCCAGGCUCUGCUCCAUGCCGUCGACGCCUGCGUCUCGGGCAUGGAGACGGGCGGCUUGCGCGCCGACGUCAACGUCUCGGUCCGCAGGGCGGGAGAUCAGGACACGCCGCUGGGCACGCGGACCGAGAUCAAGAACCUGAGCACCAUCAAGGCCGUCGAGGACGCCAUCAUCGCCGAGCGCGACCGGCAGAUCGCGGCGCUCGAGGCCGGCGGGGUCAUCGCCAGCGAGACGCGCGGCUGGACGCUGGGCUCUAAGCACACGCGCAGGCUGCGCGGCAAGGAGGGCGAGGUCGACUACCGCUACAUGCCGGACCCGGACCUCGGUCCCCUGGUGAUCGGCGAGGAUCUCGUCGGCCGCAUUCGCGACUCCGUCAGGGACCUGCCGGACGCCGAGCUGACGGAGCUGAUCCGCGACUAUGGGCUGACGGCCAAGGACGCACAGUCGCUCAUGUCGAUGGACGACGGCGGCAGGCUAGAGUACUUUUACAAGGUCGUCGGGGAGCUCGGCAGGUGCCUGGCCGAAGCGGAAGCUCCUGGCGGCUCCGCGCCGCCGCCGCCGCCCCUGCGCUCCUACGCGUCUCUCGCGUGCAACUGGAUCCUCCACGAGUUCGGCCGGCUGAGCGCCGACAAGGAGGACCCGCAGCACGCGCCGCCCUACAUCAGCCCCGACGGCCGCUUCGACAGGCUGCCGCAUACCGCCGUCGCCGAGAUCCUGUUCCACCUGCACCGGCGCGCCAUCACCGGCCGGGUCGCCAAGGAGCUGCUGGUGGCGACGUACGUCGGCGUCGUCCCUUCCUCCGUCACGGAGACCAUCCGGGAGCACGACCUGUGGUUCAAGGAGAUGACGGACGACGAGUACCGGCGGCUCGCCGAGCGGGCGAUCGAGGGUGAGGACAAGGUGCUCGAGGAGUUCCGCGGGGGGAAGAAGAAGUACCCGCAGGGCAAACUGAUGUACCUCGUCGGCAAGAUGAUGCGCGAGGGCGACACGGAGCGGAUCGACCCGUCGGGCGCCGAAGGGGUCAUGCGCCAGCUCGUCAGGGAGCGGACGGGCGCGCAUCAGGACUGA